UGUUAAGUUAAACGUUAAAGCAUUGUUAUCGUUAAACACGUACAAAAAAUAACAAAAAAGAACAACUCAAAACGGAAAUAGAAAAAAAUUACAAAUAAGUGAUAACAUCAUGUACCAAGAAUAUCUCAAUCAAUUACAAUCCUCGCUGUUUCCCAUGAGCUCAGAUCAGCUCAAGGAACUGCUGAACAAUGACGACAAACUCGAUGACAAAGUUGACGAAGUGCUCGACUCACUGAAAACACAAAAAGUGCGAGUCUUUGAAGAGAAUCGCAAUAGAGCCGAAAAGAACAUUGAAAAGGAGCCACAGAUUAUUGAGCUGCGCAGCAAACUGGCCGAGCUUACCGAAGAGGGACGCACCAGUUGUGCUGCCGUUCAGGAAAUGCUUACACAGAUCAAGGAGAAGAGUGGCGGGGUCAAUCAAGAGACGGCGCUCGCCCUGCUUCAAACAUCUGCGUCAGAGAGCGAAGAGAAGACCGAGGAAUGCGUAAAAAAGUUCACAGACAACGAAAUCAAUGUGGAGACAUUUCUUGAAGAGUUUCUCAGCAGUCGUCGAAUGAUGCAUCUGCGUAAACUGAAGGCCGAAAAGAUGCAGGAACUGAUACGGAAGCAGUCGCAGCCGCAACGUUCCAGCAACAUACCAGCUGGAAUGCCAGCCUAUGGAAAUCUGCCUGGCCCCGCUGGAAGUGGCUUCUAUCCAGGCAAUGUGCCAUACCCGAUGAUGGGUAUGCCGAUGCCGAUGCCGCCGCCACCGUCGCGACCAUAUUGAGGAGUUUUCAUAGUAUUAGUAAUUUUGGAGAUGCUGCCAUAGCAAAUGACUCAUCAAGUGCUUUGUUUAUGUUUCCAUUUGAUAUCACACGAGUAAAUAAUAAAGAUUCUGGCUUAUCGAGUUAAAAACUUUUUGUGUGUGUUUAUUUGUUUAAAAUGUUCAAUAUUGCAUUUGUUUUUGUUGUUGUUUUUAAGUACAUAGGCGGUUUCACAAUUUCCUCAUUUCUUCAUAAAAACUAUACACUAUGAUAUACGUUUUAUAAUUAAUUCAAAAUUAAUAUUACAAUGUGUGUGUGUGUGUUUGUGGGUGGUGAGAGAAAUGAGUUUAUAAAUUAUACUAUAGCAUUACAGUU